AUGACCAAGGUGGACGGAAACAUGGAAGCGAGAGACAGUGUUGUGCUAAAGUUGGUAGCGUUUUGGAGGAAAACAGGUGUUCGCCAGAAAUUGCCAUGGUUGUUUCUCCUAAUUUCAUUAAUUGGAUCAAUAUUAAAGGAUCUACAGUUAUUCCCGAAGACGUAUUUCAGUGACAGCAAGAAUGUUCUGAAUGUAUAUUUUGUCAAAGUUUCCUGGGGCUGGACCCUGUUACUGCUAUUCCCUUUUAUGGUCCUCUCCAACUCUUACCAAGGGACCUGGGGGUUUGUGCUGCGGCGACUGAGUUCUCUGGUGGUGGCGACAGGCAUCUGGUACACUUGUACCCAGUCCUUCUUCUACAUCGAAGAUGUCACUGGCGCCUGCUAUGAGACGCAAACCAUGCAGGUGAUACGGGGUGAGUUCUUCACCAAAGCAGAGUGCAGGAGGGCGGGUUUCCAGUGGCACGGCUACGACAUCUCCGGCCACUCCUUCAUCCUCACCUACUCGGCCCUCAUGAUCGUGGAGGAGAUCGCCCCCAUGGUCCACCUGAGGUCAGCCAGCGUGCAGUCCGACACCUGCGCCAACACCAUCCUUGAUGCAUUGUACAUCUCCCUGAACGCUCUAGUGGCGCUGUGGAUUUGGAUGUUCAUGUGCACCUCUGUUUAUUUUCACGACCUGUCUCACAAGCUUUUGGGGACCUCCUGCGGCAUACUGGGGUGGUAUCUCACCUAUCGAGCAUGGUACCCAAAACCACUCUCGCCCGGGCUCCCUCCACAGCAGAAACAACACGCUUAGGCGGGGGGGGCAACAUACCGCCACACUGUGGCAGCGGAAUCCACCUACCUACACUACGCUGUCAAAUCACUGACUGGAGUUUCCUCUUGAGGGUCCAAGCUGACCUGUCUAUUUUAAGGUAUUUUCCCCUCAAAGGUCAUUUUGAACCAAGGGAUUGGUUUGCAGUCCUGUGUGUUAGUAGUCGUCAGCUGGUGUACUUAAAAUGACUUGGGGUAAUCUGAGAUUAAUGCUAUGCAUGGUAUGUACUUCAUGGUUAACGCCCGGUCCCUUUUUUGUGUUUAAUUUUUUUUUUCUGUUGCUGCCUUUGAAUACAGGAGAUUUUGUGUGGCUGUUUAUCCAGGUACUGUAAGAAGAUUGCAACAAAGCAAUCAUUGUUGUAGAGAUUUAAA